GUGAGAAUAAUUAGACAAAGAGGACGAUUAAAAUUGCCGAAAAAAUGACGGCAAAAACCGUGUUUCUAACGCAAGAGAGUCCAGCUAAUGCACUAGCACUCAACAAGGACAAUUCGCAGGUUGUCAUUGCUGGAAGAAAUGUCUUUAAAAUAUUCACCCUCCUGGAGGACAAAUUCGAGGAGGCUCACAAUUUGCGAGUUGGGAAGAACCUGAAUCUUAACUUUUCGUGCAACGAUGUUGCCUGGAAUCUCACUGACGACCACGUGCUGGCAACGGCCGCGACGAACGGUGCAGUGGUCGUUUGGAACUUGAACAAAGCCUCCCGCUCGAAGCAGGACCACGUCUUUGCUGACCACAAGCGAACAGUGAACAAGGUAAGCUUCCACAUGACCGAGCCGACGUGUCUGAUAUCAGGCUCACAGGACGGUACGAUGAAGUACUUCGAUCUGCGAACAAAGGAAGCCACAAAAACCUUCUACAGCAACACCGAGUCAGUCCGAGAUGUCCAGUUCUCCCCUCACCAGGCGCACACCUUCGCCGCAGUCUCCGAAAACGGUCACGUCCAGCAGUGGGACCUGCGUCGAUCAGACCGCUACUUCCAGCACUUCACAGCCCACAGCGGCCCCAUUUUCGCCUGCGACUGGCACCCGGAGGAGUCCACCUGGCUGGCAACAGCCUCACGAGACAAGACCAUCAAGGUAUGGGAUCUGUCGGUAAAGCCAACUUGUGAGUACACGAUAAACACCAUCGCCUCGGUGGGGAGAAUCCGCUGGAGGCCACAGAGGAAGUACCACAUUGCCAGCUGUGCCCUCGUCGUCGACUGCAGCAUCAACAUUUGGGAUAUACGACGCCCCUAUAUUCCCUUCGCGAGCUUCAACGAGCACAGGGAUGUGCCGACUGGUGUGGCAUGGCGAGGAGAUCCCCAGUCCUUCCUGUCGACCAGUCGUGACUGCACACUGUAUCAUCACGUAUUCAGGGAUGCAACGAGACCGGCGAGCAAGGCCAACCCUCAGGGGAUUGCCCUCAAUGUGAGGGGGGACGUGGCAUACGCCUGUAAGGUCACCGCCAAUGUUCCACCUGCUACCAAGGUCAGCAACAUGAUGAGGAAAAUUCCAGCCAGCAACGACACCUUCUGCUUGGCUUCCAGCGUCAUGCACAGGUUCACUCGGCUGAUCUCCACCGUCUGCGAGACAAAGGAGCACGAGCCCAAGUGUUUUAGGCAUUGCGCCGAGGGUUACAUUCUCCAGGGAAAACUCAACGAGAUUUGCGACCACAAUGCAAUUGUGGCCACGAAAUGUGGUAGACCUGACAUCAGCAGUGUCUGGCGCAUUGUCAAGACCCUGUACGCUAAUCAGAAUGGGAACAUCCUGAAGAGUGCCCAGAGCACCAAGGACGAUCCCUUACCCUCCAACUUGAACCUAACGCAGCUGACGUUGUCCUCUGUGAUCGACUCCCAGGGGAGUCAGACAGCUCACGCCCAUGAGAACGACGUCAGAUCACUCCAGGGGGACCUCAGAGACGGCUUUGGGGGCAUCAGUGGUGGGGACGACGAGACCGAGACUGACGACACCCCGGAGAAUCAUAACUACCUGCAUGCUGGGGCCAUUGGGGCCAUUCCUGACUACAGGAAGUUGGUAAAUGGGAGGAAGAAGCCCAGGGGGGACUUCUGCUUUGGAGAGGGCGAGCUAGAGACUGAGAAUAUUUCUAUGGACUAUCCUGGGGACUACCUGGAGAACAUUCUGAAUAGUGAGAACGAUUGGACACUUCCAAAGGAAGCUUUCCCACUAAGGCACGAGAUCCAGGAUAGGUCACCUCCUCCUGAACAAUUUCCAAAUAAUUCUCCUGAUAUUAAUGAUGACACUGGCUCGGUUACCGUCGAGGAUCAGCCAUGUCAGCUCAUCGUCACUGCUGUUCCAAAACCCAUGUUCUGGAAUCCAGCUUGUCUGGUCGAGGAGACACUCAAGCAUCACGCUGCUGUCAGGGACGUUCAAACAGCUGCUUCCGUUCUGAUUGCCCUUGGAGAACGACGGAGGGAUCUCAAUAUCGAGGCUGCCAUUCAGGAGCACUGGCUACUCGAGUACAUCGAUAUGCUGGGGAGGUUUAAGCUUUAUGAUGUCAUCACGCAGAUCAUACAGCUGGCUUGGAUACCCUCGGUGGCGCAGCUCAAUCAGCAGUCCACUACUGUUCAUGCUUGUUGUACUGCUUGCACCAAGCCUCUGCAGAGGGCUGCCUGGCUGUGUGACAGGUGCCACACUUCCAAGCACGCUCUCUGUUCCAUUUGCCACCAGGUUGUCAAAGGGGUCUAUGCCUGGUGUCAGGGAUGCACUCAUGGAGGUCAUGUCGUUCAUAUGAGAGAGUGGUUCGGGGGAAAUAGACAGUGCCCCACGGGGUGCGGACAUUUGUGUGAAUAUACUUAAGGGGGAGUGGGGUUUUUUUUUGGAGAUGUGGUGAACCUCCCGUACCUCCAUGCGUAACUGGUCAUGAUGAUAACUAAGGUUUAUUUAGAGGAGCACUUGAGGUAAAGUGGAUCUGCAGGGUUUAGAUGAAUUUUAAGAAUUGUGAUUUCGUGUGGUCAAGUAUUACUUUUUAUUCGUGAAAUUCAUUGAUUUUAAAAUGCAAUCGUCGAGUCUAUAAAGCAGUUUGCUAGGUAUGAAUUUUAGGAAAAAAAAAUUAUUCAAGGCGAUAUAGACGAACAAUUUCCACUAGUCUUUGAGAAAAAGUGGUCAGAAAAAUCUACUUAAUUGUUGCAUUUGGAAAGCAGAAAUUCCAUAAGCAGUGACUAUUUCUAAAUUCUUAAAUUUUUUUCUUGCCUCUUUACCACGUUUCAUUUAAAAUAAUAAGUGGAAAAUCUGAAAUAUUUAGACCGUGAAAUUUCUGUCAAACGAAAUCACAGCCAAAUAAUUUCUGUAAGUCUAUCAACAGCAGUCCUUCUUUUACUUGUAAUUAAAAAAAUCUCAGUCACUUUCCUCUCUCCAUGUUGCCUCCAAAAGUUGUAAAUUUUUUAAGGUUACGUUAAUUUACAUAUUAUUGAUGAGUUUGUAAAUAUGUAUGUAAAAAUGAUGAUUGUUCCUGACAUCCAGUGGAUUCUGAAAUAUUUUCACUUGUACAAAAUCAUCAAUUGACUUUCUGUAAAAAUAAAUUCAUUGAAUGUA